AUGUACGGCGAAGGCCAAAUAACUUACCGCUCCAUCAUCAGCAUUUUCCAAAUCUUCACCUUCUCAACCUCUUUAACAAUAUCUUACUACUUCCGUCGCAAAAAUCGACUAGGCUACCUCUGUCUCGGUCUCUUCAGCAUUGUUCGUCUCGUCUCGGCCUCUUGCUUCCUCGCCUUGAUCAACCAUGAUACCUACGGCCUGAAAGCUACAGUGUUUGUCUGUGAAGGCUUGGGCAUCAUUCUCUUCGUGUUUAUCUUUGUGGAGAUAUUGGGAUGGGUGGAUGAACAAGCACCGGUGUUGCAUAAAUACGCCUUACUGGUCCCACAUGUGCUUACCUAUGUUGAUCUCCUCAUCGCGAUUGUCGGCUUCGUCGUCGUUAGAAAGAGGGAAAACGCAUACGAACCCACCGCAUUUUCAAAAGCAAAUCGCGCAUUACUAGUACUCAUGUACGCAUACACAAUCAUGCUCCUCGGUAUCUUGGUCCACUAUCGCAAUCGCAGCGCCACAGCAAAAGCACAAAGAAAUGCACUCAUGGGCGUGGGAGCCUGUAUUCCAUUCAUGGUUAUCAGACUAGUGUACUCGCUCAUCUUUGAGGCAACAGGGGAUAUGAAAUUCAAUGCUGUCAAGGGAGACGAGACGAUAUAUAUGUUCAUGACGUUUUUGCCAGAGGCGAUCGUGGUGUUUGUCUGCAUUGCAACGAUCUGGAAGAUUCCACUGGAAACGAAGGAGAGGAACAGGAGCGAAGAGAGGCAGAGUAUGAACGAUGAAGAGCGCAUGUUUUCGAGUGCGGGUUAGCUUAGUCUACAUCACGAAAUGCGGUCAAGCGAACAC